AUGACUCUGACCAUCCUUGUUUCUUUCUCUCUUCUUGCGCUGGUCGUUACUGCUCGCCCAAUCCUGCCUGGUGAUGCUCCUGACAGAUUGACUAAUUCAUCGGAUGAGAUCCAUAAUGCUGUGCAGGCCAUAUUCCAGACACGAGCAAGUCGUCGAGAGGAUUGUCUGAACUGUCAUAACCAAGAUGUCCGCGUACAUUUGACUUCCCCGCAGGUGCAGCAGAUGUAUCUUAGCGAGCUGGAUGGACUGGAUGCCGUCAAGGCUGUUAUAUCUCUUGACCCAAGUGAUCUCAGCUCAGACGAGAAGGAACUUUUCAGCCUCAUUCAUGGCCAGAAUACGGAGAGUCUGGACGACAUUGACGGCAGUGAGCGUCCUGUGCAGAACGAGAUGCAGCCUACACAUGUUGAAACCGAGACUGGUUCUGAGAAGGCAGAGACGACAUCGAUUGAUGAUGGUCUCCUUGCGUCACCUCUGGAAUUCUUCACGUCGCCCCUCUUCUUCCUCACCUUGUCUUGCAUUGUCGCACUUCUUUCUUUGAUGUGCGUCACGGCUGGCCUUUACGCCGCUUACUGCACUCGACUUUCAUUCAUCGGUUCCCAUGUAAUAGGUGCACUAUGGUCUAUAAUGGGAACGCAUCCGACACACGAUAGACUAGUUAAAUCUGCUGGCACGGACGAGGAAGGAUUUCCUGAAAAACCUAGUCAUGCCAGUUUGGAGUCUAAGUCGGACGAAGAAGAGAAGGUCGAGAUGCUGGGCCCACUUGAGGACGAGCUGUCAGAGCUUGAUGGAGACCCUUUACUGUUCGACGGCGAGACAGGAUCAGAGGAAAUUUUCCAGGAUUGCCAGGAGAACUUGCUUCUCUUCCCUUUCACCGGAAAGCCAGAGGAUCUCAACACGCAUGAGUCCCGCAUUGUAUCCGAGGACUGUGUUGAUCCCGAGCUCUUACCACUGCCCAUAUCCCCGACGCCGUUCUUGACACCAGAGGCUCCGCCUUCACGCAGUCUCGCGUCGUCCCCCGACCCUCGAAAUGUACAAAUGCGCGAAAUAACGGAAUCUCCUGUCUCGAAACCCGCAUGGUCCUUGCGGGCCGCAGACUCGCCCUCGUUCGCCAUUCCUAGUCCAUCCACAGUCGAUUCGUCCCCCAUCUCAUCGCCCAAAGUUCCUGGUGCCCUCUUCCCGGACAUGACGAGGGUGUCUAACGAGGAUCAAUCCGAUGUAGUCUAUCAAGACCGCAGACGGGCAUAUCGUGCUCCUGUACCAGAACUGGAUAUCGCGUUGGCUCUUCAGUUGCGUCCUGGGUUGGGGCUGGGGGCGGACCCCGCGUGGCUUGUUCGCUUCCUGAUGGCAAUGUUCGGAUGGAUGACCGUUUUUCUUGGUGGUAGUGGCACCGCGCAAGCGCGAGCUGCUUAUUAUGUGUAG